AGCUGCGCUGACCAUGAGCGAGCAGAGUCAUGUCAACAGCCUGUUCCUCAAUGAAGACGCAGCUAAGCGGCUCAAUGCCGAGAGCCGGGUGCAGCGCUUCCGGCAGGCGGUGCAGAAGCGGGCAGCACGGGCCAAGAAGCGGAUGCACAGCAUCACUGCUGACAGCGCUAAAAGCUUCUUCAGGAGAAAUGCCUUCGUCCUCUUCACCAUUGCUGCAGUCUUACUAGGGAUUAUCCUGGCAUUUUCCCUCCGGCCCUACCAGCUGACCUAUCGCCAGAUCAAGUAUUUCUCCUUCCCCGGCGAGCUGCUGAUGCGUAUGCUUCAGAUGUUGGUUCUUCCUCUCAUUGUCUCUAGCUUGAUUACAGGAAUGGCCUCACUGGAUGGCAGAGCCUCAGGGAAGAUGGGGAUGCGGGCUGUUGUCUACUACAUGGUGACCACAAUCAUAGCAGUCUUCAUUGGCAUCCUCAUGGUCAUCAUCAUCCACCCAGGAAAAGGAUCUAAGGAUACACUUCACCGAGAAGGCAGAAUUGAGCAGGUGCAGACCACAGAUGCCUUCAUGGACUUGGUGAGGAAUAUGUUCCCGCCCAACCUGGUAGAAGCCUGCUUCAAACAGUACAAGACGCAGUACAGCACCAGGGUCUUCACCAGAACCGUCCUCCACAGCAGCAAUGUCACAGCAGGUGUGACAACCACUCAGAUCCCUAUGCCUGAGAACUUCACUGGCAUCCUGGAGAACAUCACUCAUGCCCUGGGGACCGUCUCCGAGGUGCUGACCUUUGAAGAAGUCAUUCCCAUCCCGGGCUCAGCCAAUGGGGUGAACGCACUGGGGCUGGUAGUGUUCUCCAUGUGCUUCGGUUUGGUGAUCGGCAGCAUGAAGCAGAAGGGACGGGCCCUGCGGGAGUUCUUUAACUGCCUCAACGAAGCCAUCAUGAGGCUGGUGGCCAUUAUCAUCUGGUGA